AUGGUAGUUGCCAAUGCUGACAUGUACGGUGAUUCCGUGAUUAUGGUAGUUGCCAAUGCUGAUGUGUACGGUGAUUCCGUGAUUUUGGUAGUUGCCAAUGCUCUGGUAGUUGCCAAUGCUGAUCCGUACGGUGAUUCAAAUGGCCUAGAAAACAUUCUCCUGGAUGCUGAAUUCUCUCCAAAAGUGGCUGCUUUUGAGCUGGCAAAGCUUGUUGGCAGAGAUUUCAGCAAAGUGCUGACAACAAACAGGGAAACAAGAGGGUAUUUAGCUCCCGAGUGGCUUUAUGGCUUGCCAAUAACAAUGAAGGCGGAUGUAUGCAAUUUUGGCAUGACCCUGCUCGAACUGAUCUCAAGGCAACAAAAUAGUGACUUGAGCAUCCAGGACUCUCAGCACUACUUUCCGACUUGGGAAGCAACUCAAAUUAACAAGGGAAACACAAUCGAUAUUGUGGAUGAAAGGAUUGCAAACAUGGCAGAUAUUGAAGAGGUGAGAAGAGCAGCUUUGGUGAGCUUUCUGUGCAUUCAAAUGGAUGAGAAUGAACGACCGAGCAUGGCUCAAAUUGUUCGGAUAUUGGAAGGCAAAUCAGAAGGUGAUGUGGAACAAUAUGAGAGGUCCCUCCAAGCCCUUGUCAAUGAUCAUUGUGAUUAG